AUGGCUGGAAGAGCGCCCCGACUGUCAGGCCUGCAGAAACAAGUUCUCAGCCUAUAUCGCAGCGCGCUGCGGCUGUCGCGAGCCAAGGAGCAACAGGGCGGCGAGGCGAUAGCAGUGCUUGCGCGUGCGGAGAUUGAGAGGUACCGGUCUGUGAGCCGCAAAGACUACCAAUUGAUCGAGCACUUGAUACGCAAGGGCAAGCGGCAGUUGGAGCGGCUGCAGUCUCCCGAAGUGACGGGCGUGCGGCUGCAUCAUCCCGGCCAGUGA